UUCAGAGACAAGCGGCACGUAACCGUCACACUGUAAAUGCAAAGCUUUAACCGUCUCGAUGAACAAACCCAAUAGCUGUUAUAUUAAAGCGGCCCCCCUCUGCAGUUUACUCUGAGAGUGAUGGCAACCAAUGAGGAGGUCACAGUGUCCAUGGCCGAGGUGGUGAUGGUGAAGACUGAUGGGGAAGAGGACCCUAGUGAUCCUAAUAAGACUCAGGUUAUCCUCCAGCUACAGCCAAUCACCACUGGAGAUGAAUCUGCAGAAACAGACGCUGCUGUCAUGGCCGUUGAAGCUAAUCCAGAACCAACUGAGGGAGACGACGUUGAGAUUGGCUGCCCAAUAACAUGUGGUGACUGUAAAGCUGUGCUGCUUGUGAAGAAAUUUGUGUGCCCAGGAAUCAACGUCAAAUGUGUCAAGUAUGAGGACCAACUGAUUAGCCCGAAGCAAUUUGUGCACAUUUCUGGAAAAGCCACUCUGAAGGACUGGAAGAGAGCCAUCAGGAUGGGCGGAGUCAUGCUAAGAAAAAUGAUGGAUUCGGGUCAGCUGGACUUUUACCAGCACAGCACACUGUGCACCAACACGUGUCGCAGCACCAAGUUUGACCUCCUGAUCAACAACACACGGUUUCCACCUGAUGGCACUGGGCUGACCACGCCGACGUCCUCUCAAGCUCAGGUGGUUCUGGGAAAUGGUGGGGCAGUCGGUGAAGAAAGAACCGAGGCUCUGAGCGGGAAGGCGGACUGGAGCUCAGGCUCUCUGGAGUCUGCAGACAAAAAGGAAUCUAAUGAGAUCUCAGAGGACACACUGAACUUCUGGAAGGGCAUUGCUGAUGUGGGUUUGCUCGGCGAAGUGGUCACCAACAUCAGCACAGAGCUGCAGGAGCUGUUGAACGGCGUGCAGCAGCGCAAAGAGCCUGCAGCUUUACAGGAAACAGAUUCCUGUCUGGUAGAGGUGGCGGUGCUCAGUAACCUCGCCCAGGUGUUCGGCCUGCUCGACUCGGUGAAAAAGUUACUGGAGAGGAGGAGGCAGCAGACGGAUCCUGGCCAGGAGCAGAUCCUCAGUACGCUCAACAACCUCGAGGUUCAGCUGGAAGAGCAGAGGAAGCAGCAGCAGGUGCGAGCUCUCCUGUCCUGUCCUCAGCCUGCCAAAAACAAAACUCCCACCAAACGUCAGACCAAGCGACCUCGUCUCCAGAGGCCAGCUUCCGCCACCACCCUUCUGACCUCUUCCAUCAGCCAGCAGGCCACUCUGCAGCCGCAGCAGUUCACUGUUCUCUCGCCCAUUUCUCUGUCCUCUGUGGGUCAGCCGUUCACUGUGGCUGGCCUUCCCAUUGCCUCUUUGGCCCAGUCCUCCAAUACGGUCACCCUCCUGCCUGCAGGCUCGCAGCUCUUCACCCGCUACAUGGUGACCGGAGACGGAAAGGCGGACACCAUCACCUUGCAUCCAUCUUCUGGCCUAACGCUCUUGGGCACCACCCCUGUGCAGGACUCUAGCCAGCUGGGCACGAUGGUGAGCCCCUUAGAGCUGGUGCAUCUGAGCCAGCAAGCUGGGGGGGCAGAGGUGGUUCCCAUAGAAGGCCAGGUGGUGGACGGCACCAUGCUGGUGCAGCAAGAGGUGAUGCAGGGUGAGGUGGAGGCCGGCCAGGAGCACACGGUCAUCGAGAUCAACCCGGCCCCAAUGGAGCAGACAGUUGGAGUAAUGGAGCUGCAGCUGAGCGGGGAGUCAGGCAGAGAGGAAGCCACCAUGAUGGUCCAGAGUGGGAUGGAAGUGACGAUGGCAGCAGAGUCAGAGGAGUCACAGUGCCAAAUGCAGGAGGCGCAGACUGAUGGGGUUCAGGGGCUGCAGCUGGACGCCAGUGGACAGUUGUCGGGUGUACAGAUCGUGGUCAUAGAGGAAAAUACUCAGGAAGAAAACAAGGUCAAAUGAGAAACGCCUCCAGGAGUGGACUCGUGGAACUGUAAAUACACAAAUCCUUCAAAUCCACAACUUGCCUUGGCCUCGACCAGGCACUAGGGUAGCCAUUUCUCCUAUUUUGGUGUGAGUGCACAAGCUUCUUAACUCCGUUAGGAUUUCAACUGAAACAAAGAUCCAUCAAAACCAAGUCAAAACUGUAUGCUUGUGUUUGGUUGGUAUUGAAACGAUUAAUCUCAUUUGUUAUGACAGGUCAAAUAUUUCUUAUUUUGGAUUAUUUCAAGCAUUGGUCUCACCAAAUUAACAGCUGAGUUGUUAGAUUGUCUCUACUUUUCAAAAUAGAAGUCAGACCGGACAAACUAACAAAGAUAUUGUCAGACAGUUGAACUUAUCCAGAACAAAAAUGUCCUUCAUAAACAUCCAUGACUGUUCAGACUAAAUCCAGUUUUCCCUUUCAGUCAUGAAUUCCCAUUUCGUCUCUCUUGUUCGUGUUUAUCUAUGAUUUUGCAAAUAAGUUUAAUAUUAAUAACAUCAACUUUUCAGGCUAUUUCAUCGUUAUAGCCUUAAGCUAAUGGAUUUUGGAGCU